AAAUAACUAUUUAAGUAACAUCAACGAUAUGGAAGCUUCAAGUAGCCACAUUACCGUUAUCGAUGAUGAGGAUGAAAAAGAUCCACUGGCCUUGGAUACUAGCUCUACAGAAGAUUCACUUGGUAGUGCUCCGUCAACAUCAAAGCAUUCCCAUAGCCUAAGACGACAUGUACCACGAAUAAUUGUGAAACCCAUACUACCUGAUAAGAAAACCACCAGCAGCAAUACAUGCCCGUCGUCAGCAGCAAAUGCAUCUACGACUGCUACAGCCGCAACAACCUCAUCAUCAACAGUUGUUAAUAGCAGUCCGUCAGGUCGUACCAGUAGUAGUCGACGUAUACAACAGCAACAACAGGCAAAAGCUGCAGCAGCUGCUGCUGCGGCCGCAGCGGCGGCGGCGGCUGCUGCUGCAUCUCAAAGUACCAACACCACCACCCCCGCCACUGCAACCACACAAGCUUCAACAAUGCGUGAAGUACUGGCAUCCAUUCCAGGAUUUAGUAUUAAACCACGCAGACGUUCGUCAAAGAAAAUGUCAACGGCUGCCCAAAUUGAACAGACCAAGGAUGGUAAAAUUGAUUUGGAAACACCUGAUUCCAUUUUGGCCUCAACAAAUUUGAGGGCUCUGCUGAACAAGCAAACGUUCACAAUGCUCCCACCGUUAUAUCAAUACAAUUUAAUUCAGCUACUGCCUAGUGUAGAUCGCGAGGCAAUUGAAAUGGAGCAUAAAUGUCCAGCAAAUACCAUACCCACGGAAGGUAUACGGCUGGGGCCAUCAAGUCUAAAUAAUGAAUUUUUUGCCCGGGCCUGUUUGGAGUGGCGUGAACGUCUCUCAGAGGGUGAAUUUACACCCGAAAAUCAAAUGAAACUAAAGACGGAAGCUGAGCGUGAAAAAAAUAAACUUGAUCCGUGGAAGUUGAAACAUUUUGAACCGAUAUGGGGUGAAAAAUCCUUUCAGCGGGCAAACAACAGUAACACCAAUCGUCUGAAUAAUGAAACCAAUACCACGACUACCACCUGCAUUGUCAACAAUAGUAAAUUAAAAAGUGAUGAGAAUGAUGCUCAUGAUGAUGGGAAUAACAAAUCCAUAGAAAUAGUUGAUGCGACACCAACAACAUCAAUCUCAUCCACAACCACCAGUGCCUCGAAUUCAACAAAAACCGAAGCAUUAUCCUCAAAUUCACCUACAUGCUCGUUGUCAUCAACAAUUUCAUCGUGUUCAAAUGAUGUGGUGGCAGCAGCGUCUUCAUCAUUGGCGUCAUCGUCAGUAGUGGUAGUUCCUGUUUCAAUAUCCACGUCUUCUUCUUCCUCUUCUGGCAUAAAAGAAACAACUUCACUUAAUGUCAAGGUAAAGCGAAAAGAUGACGGCAACGACGACGACGACGAAGAAGAAGAUUGUAUAGAUAAUAGCAUUAAAGAGGAGAAAUCCUCCUUUGUAAAGACUGAAAAUAAUCCAGAGAACUGUCAAAAGUCAAAGGAAAGAAGAGAUACAAAUGAACGAAAAUCUCCACACCAUCAUCACCACCACCACCGCUACACUAGUGAACAACCAACAACAUCAGCAUUAGCCAUACAAAAAUCUAGCCAAGAAUCACAGAGACGUGGUACAAAGCGGUCUUCGGCCAGUCCUCCAAACAAGGGCGGCUCAAGCAAAGACGAGGGUAACAACAACACCAACACAACCACCUGCAGCAGCCACAUUAUGGACACCAGUAUAGCUGAAGAAGAUGAAAGUGAAAUUAUUUUGGAUGACUGUAAUGAUGUUCCUAUUGAAAUUAAAAGUGAUAGUGAAAAUGAUGAAUUGAUGGAUGCCACUGAAGAUGGUCCCAGCAGUAGGAAAAAGUUAAAAAUUGAUAAGAAAACAACAACAGUUGAGGAUAUUGUUUGUCAUGACUUGACAGAAGAUGAAGUUAUGCCCGGUGAAGAACAAACAAAUGUCACACAAAAAGUCAUUGACGAAGAAGAAGAGGAAAAUGAUGAGGCGGAAGAGGAGGAUGAUGAGGAAGAUGAAGAGAAAAUAGAGGAUAUCCAUGCCAUUAGUGAAGAUAAAGAGUUUGUUAAUGAUGCUAAUACCAACAUUAUAACUUUAGCGACAACAUUAUCAUCAACAACAACAGCAACAAAUGUGAACAGUACCUGUGAUAAUAAUCAACAACAACAACAUGAAAAUGACCACCACCUCCAAACAACAUCAAAUAUUAAUGCUGAUCAUGGUCAAUAUUUUUCAUUUACCGCAAGCUCUUCAGAUAUUCAACAACAACAGCAGCAGCAGUCGAAUUCUACCACACUGGAAAUGUCAUUAAAUUUGGAUAAUUAUGCUGAUAACCACAACAACAACAUUAGUUACAAUGAAGAAGAAGAAGAUGAGGAUAUUAUCGAACAGAAAUUUAACGAUGCUGAAAAUUAUGUCUUAGAAUCGGGUGAAGUUAGUACUGAUGAUAGUGGUACUGUAAUUAUACCCGAUGAAACAACAGAUGAAAGUAAUCUCAUGGCAUCAGCAACAUCGACAACAACAACACCAUCAUCCAUAGUUUCAACGGCAACAACAUCUUCUUCGUCACUAUCCGGCGAUUCUCUGUCAUUGGCUUCAAUGACAACAACAUCGGCAGCAGCCUCAUUUACAACGCCUUCGUCAUCGUCAAAUUCAUUGAAUAGUAGUGGCAAAACAUUGAUGGUAACAUCUGUGGUAUCCUUGGCACCAGCACCACCACCGACCACCAGCAGCAGCAGCUUUUUAAAGGAUCAACAACAAGUGCAAACAUCGACGUCGUCAUUGUCCUCGUCGACUGCUGUACAACAACAGCCCACAGUAAGUGAUGUUUUCCAUCAUUUAAAUCAUGAUUGGAAUUUUGGUGGCCUUAAAUUGGGCAUAAACACCUCCAGUACCUCCUCCACCUGCUCAACACAAACACUGGAGGAUAAUCAGCAGCAGCAGCAACAACAACAACCUAGUAAUUAUUGUAAUGUUUUACAACAAUCAUCGUCGGCCCAAACAACAUCAAGUAAUGAAAUAGCUAUUCAGGAUCAACAAAACCAUCAUCAAAAUCUACAACUGAUGGAUGCUGCUGCCAUGGCCAAUCAGGAAUGUGUUGUCAAUAAUGAGGCUGCCAUCGCAGAAGUAGAAGAAGAACACACAAUAGAAGAGAUUGCCGAUGAUGAUGAUGGCGAUGACGAGGAUGUCGAGGAUAUGGAGGCCAAUAAUGCUGUUCGAGAUAUUGUUGAUGAAUUACAGCAACAACAUCAGCAGUUAUUACAGCUGCAACAGUUGAAACAAAUGCAAGCCGCAUCCGUUGAAUUGGUAGAUGAUGUAUUCAUGCAGAAUCAGACGCAGCACCAGCAGCAUCAUCUUCAUUCACAACAACAACAGCAGCAACAGGAAAUUGCCCAUAUUAAUGAAUAUGUUGGAGAGCUAACCUCAUCCAAUGAAAUGAUGACGGCAACCGAUGUUCCUAUGUCGAUAACAGAAAUGGAAGUGACCAGCACGGUGAUAACAAAUACCAAUUCCAACGAUAGCCUGAAUGACAUUAGCAUGUGCAGCAGUAGUACAAGUGGCAGCAGUGCGAGUCUUAGUACACCAAAUAUUGUGGCCACAACAACAACAUUGCAACAACAACUUUCCAGUCCACAAUCAUUGCACAAUACACCUGCUGCUGCUGCUGCCCCGCAAAGGCAAAUAUUAGUUGAUUCGAAUGGUCAAAUAAUUGGCAAUUUUUUGGUACAACCAUCGCCGCCACCACAACCACAGCCACACCCCCAGCAACAGCAACAACAUCAGCAGCAACAUCAUCAUCAACACGGCAACUCAACAGCCCACAUUCAACAGCAGCAGCAACAACAGCUGUUACAGCAAGCUGCAGCGGUCCAACGAUUUUCAUUUCAAACGCAACAGCAAACGGCGGCAGCAGCAGCUGCCGUUCUUGCAGCCAGCCAACAGCCAACAAAUUCGAUGACCUUUGCUGCUGCCAGGCAACAGCAGCAGCGUCAACAAUUGGCCCAAAAAAUACUACCUGUGUUGCACAACACAAAUGGCCAGCAUUUCCUAGCGGCGGCGGCAGCAGCAGCGGCCGCAGCCGGUGUCGUUCAGCAGCAGCAAACACACAUUGAUCAUCCAACACAAAUUCAACAGUUUUCCUUACAACAAACACCAGCCGCGCAACAACAACACUCACCAUUGGCCCACAAUAUCACGGGAGGACAACGGCAAUAUUUAACUAACUCUUCUCCCAACCUGCAACAACAGCAGCAGUCUUUAAACAGCAACAAUUUAACGCAAUCGAAUAAUUUGUUAACCUCUCAGCAGCAGCAACAACAACAAAUACAACUGCAACAUCAGUUGCAGCAAUUACAACAAUCCCAUCUAAAUUCAUUUCAAAAUCUUAACAAUCAAACGGCCACAGUCGUAUCUCCUCAUCCGCAGCAGCAGCAGCAGGCAUCAUCGCCCAACACACAUCAUCAUCAUCAGCAGCAGCAGAACAAUGCCGCGGCCGCCAUCGGCGCCACCCUAACUCCCAAAUUCAUUUCCAAGCAGCUAAGUAUUAUAUCAAUGCCCCCGCGUAAUGCAGCCACAAUUCCCGCAAGUAUUGCGACCACAGUUGCCAUUCCGUCCACUGCCUCCUCCGCCAAUGCACUGUACAAUAAUAGCAACAACAACACCAUAAAUACCACCCAACUAAAUGUGAAUGUUCUCAAGUCGUUUUCACCUUCGGGAGUGCCUACAACAAUUGCUCAACAAAGGCCAAAUGCCGCUGGCAAACAGGCAGCCAAUACCACCACCGGCAAGGGUAGAAAAUCAACGGCCAAUAAACUGCCACCUGGGGCGGUAAAUAUUGAGCGUAGCUAUCAGAUAUGCCAGGCCGUUAUACAAAAUAGUCCAAAUCGGGAAAAUUUAAAGGCACAACUGAGACCGCCAUCGGCUCUUUUGAGUCAGCAGCAACAGCAAACAUCGAAUGCUGCUGGUAAUACAACAGGCAAAACAACAACAACGACGACUGCUGCAACUGUAGUGGCCAGUGGCCCAGCAGGAAAUGUCAAGACCCAAGAGGAAGUAAUCAUUAAUACGCUAACGGGCAACAGUACAUCGACGGCAACAGCAUUACCCACAAAUGUUAUGGGUGUUGGCAGGCCAGGGGUUUACAAGGUUAUUGGACCACGCAUGGGUUUCCCACGUAAAAAAUAUGUACAACGAAAAUCGUCACCCACACUAAUACGUCACAUAUUUGCCAAUCAUCAGGGUUCAGCGGCAGCGGUACUUCAAAAUACCAAUUUAACGCAACAACCCCAAACGCAACACCAAAUCAUUGCUGCUGGUGGUGGUGGUCAACAGCAUGUUCAGGCAACGACGACAACAACAACACACGACCUACAUCACAAUGGCAAUGGACAGUAUGUGCUGUUACAUCGUGCCAAUGUCGGUGCGGCUGACAAUCAGGCUCCACGUGCUUCCAGUGCUCCACCAGUUCCUCAAAAUCAGAAUCAACUUCAUGGCUUGAAUGGUAUAACUGGACGCGGGCGUCCUGCUUCAGUAGAUGUAGAUUUGUUAAAUUCUCUGCAAGAUAUGCACAAUAAUAGUGUGUGUACAACAACAACGACAACACAAAAUGCUGCUGCUGGCAAUACCACACAAAUUGUGCGGCGAAAUAUGGCCACCGGAAAUCUCUAUAUCGAAGGUAUUGGUGAGGCAUCAACGGCUUUAAUGGAUGCUGCCAGUGGUGGUAAUUAUAUUGUAACAACAACAACUUCAGGCGCCUCUGUAAUGCCCUCUGCUGCUGGUGGCAUCAAUUGUGCCAUACGCAAUGCAAAUGUAGCAACAACAAAUCAACAGCUACAUUCACAACACCAUCACCACCACAAUAUUGACAGCGGCUGCAAUAGUUCUUCGGGAGGUAGUGCUAACAGCAAUAGCAGCCCUCCAAAUACCAACAGUUCUUCAGAUGGUUCGAAUUGUGCCUGCUCCCUGAAUGCCAUGGUUAUAUGCCAAUCGUGUGGUGCAUUUUGCCAUGAUGAUUGUAUAAAUGCUUCAAAGCUAUGUGUGUCCUGUGUGAUUAGAUGAAUUGGUAAAUGUGGACAGCAGCCACUGUUGUUGUC